CACCCGAUAUCCACCAAGAGUUGUAUAUAAUUUUAUCGCCUCGUUCUAUAUUCUUCAUUAAUAGUAAAUUGAUUGGAAAAGGUGUGUGCGGUCGAAUUUCGGUGGUGCUUUUUAUUACUUGACGGAAUAAUAAAUAUUUCACUAGCCGUAGCCUUAACAACGUACUAGGGAAGUAGGUACACCUUCGGAAAAAAACUCCCUCAACAACAAAAAAUAAAAUAGGAAGGAAACAUCCUCGACAGGGCUAGGUCAAGCAAACACACAAGGUUGGGUCCCGGAUACCCCAAGAUUUAGGCUGUGAAUGUUGGUGUAGUGUUGAGAGUUUGAAACGUCAACCAAAGGGAAAAAAGGUGGAAAGAAAGGAUUCCCAUCUUACGUACCCGCAAAAACCUUCCGAAGUAAGGGAGCAGAAAAAAAGUCCAAGUGAAAGGUAUGCGCCAGCGCACACUUUGAAAGUGAAGUAAACGACAGGAAGCACGAAAAAAAAAACAAAACACAUCGGCAGCAGCAGACGCACAACGAAGCCGCACCCACACACAAUCACGUUUCGUGCUUGCGUGCGUCCGUACGUUCGUCGAAACAUCCCUGGAUGUUGGUACUCCAACAUAGGAAUAACGAAUAAAAAAAUAUUCAACUAUUGGUCACGUCGUCUGACCAUAUAAACAAGCCUUCAAACCGUUCCGUCUCAAAUAACAGAAGUGAUCUCGUUUGUGUGUGUGUUCCGGGUGUGCAGUGUUAGCAAAAAACUAGUACUAGUGUAGUAGUAGUAUAGCCAAGCAAGUGAUUCGCACACCGGUAUGCCUUCAGUGCUAGAUCGAUUGUUCUCAGUGCAACCCAACAACAACUACAAUAGCCACUGACAGGCGAUGGCAAUCUAACCUCUCAACGGUCCAGUGUUCAUGCCAUGUCAAUUUCGAAGCUACCGGAAGCAUCCUGGUACGAACUAGCAUCGUUGACACAGUCCCAGAGCCAGCGAUCUUCAUACUAUUCGCCAGGCACACCGUCUUCGACCCUUUCGCCCUCACCUCAGCAGCUGUCACGGGUGUCCUCGGUGUCGUUGUCAGUGCUACUCGUGCGCAGCCGAAGCGACAACCUUUUUGAUGGGCGUGGCCGACGACCGAACGAUGGCCCUAUGGUGGGCGAUCGCGACCGAGAGCGUGAAGCGGUGCGCUGGGAACUGGGGGAAACUACGCCACCCCCGUUUAAUAAUGGUGGUCCGGGAACCACGAUGUGCAGCGGUCCUGGAGCGCCUGGCGGCAUCGGAACACUGUCAGGUGGUAGUUUCGAGGAUGGAGCUAUUACAACGAACAUCGGAGGCUUCGGAUCAGUGGGAGGUGCCGCGGGGGGAAGCGGCAGCACUGGCGGCUUCGGUGGAGCUGGCCUCCCGGGUGGUGGCGGAGCUGCAGGUGGCGGAGGAGCGGGAAGCGUUAGCGGUGGGGCGCCCGGAAGUGCCAAGGAGGUCCGCUACGCUCCCUUCCCGGUGCAGUCUCCCUCCCACCCCGCCUCACAGAUAUCCCAGGCACCGCUGCAGAGGGCACAUUCCAGAUCUAUGUCAUCAAUACCACCGGAGCCCUUCAUGAUAAUGCGCUCGAAGGCGCUCAACCGACGUGUGCUGAUCAAUGUGGGCGGCGUCAAGCACGAAGUCCUCUGGCGAACGCUCGAACGACUGCCGCACACACGACUCGGAAGACUGCGCGAAUGUAACACGCACGAAGCAAUAUCGGAGCUAUGCGAUGAUUACUCACUGAUAGACAACGAAUACUUUUUCGAUCGACACCCGAAGAGUUUUAGUUCGAUUCUUAAUUUCUACCGCACCGGCAAGCUCCACCUGGUGGACGAAAUGUGUGUGCUGGCCUUCAGCGACGACCUCGAGUACUGGGGCGUCGACGAGCUGUAUCUGGAGUCCUGCUGUCAGCACAAAUAUCACCAGCGGAAGGAGCACGUCCACGAAGAAAUGCGAAAGGAGGCGGAAAGUUUGCGGCAACGCGAGGAGGAAGAGUUCGGCGACGGCAAAUGCGCACAAUAUCAAAAGUGGCUCUGGGAGCUGCUCGAGAAACCCAACACUAGCUUUGCUGCUAGGGUAAUAGCCGUGAUAUCAAUUCUGUUCAUAGUAUUAUCGACGAUAGCCUUGACCCUCAAUACCCUACCAUCCCUGCAAUCCGAUCACAACGGCACGUCCCAGGACAAUCCUGAGCUAGCGAUGGUCGAGGCCGUUUGCAUCACCUGGUUCACGCUCGAGUACGUCCUGCGGUUCAGUGCGUCGCCCGAUAAGUGGAAAUUUUUCAAAGGCGGCCUCAAUGUGAUCGAUCUGUUUGCCAUAAUGCCCUACUUUGUGUCCCUGUUCCUGUUGGAGACCAACAAGAACGCGACGGACCAGUUCCAGGAUGUGCGCCGGGUGGUGCAAGUCUUUCGCAUCAUGCGCAUCCUGCGAAUCCUUAAGCUGGCCCGACAUUCCACGGGCCUGCAGUCGCUUGGUUUCACGCUGCGGAACUCCUACAAGGAGCUGGGUCUGCUAAUGUUGUUCCUGGCAAUGGGCGUACUCAUAUUUUCCUCUCUCGCAUAUUUUGCCGAAAAAGACGAGCCUCAGACCAAGUUUAUAUCUAUACCCGAAACAUUUUGGUGGGCGGGAAUUACGAUGACGACGGUUGGCUACGGGGACAUCUACCCCACUACUCCGCUUGGAAAAGUGAUUGGUACCGUGUGUUGCAUUUGCGGCGUACUGGUAAUCGCAUUGCCCAUUCCGAUCAUCGUUAACAAUUUCGCUGAGUUUUACAAGAACCAAAUGCGCCGGGAGAAGGCACUCAAGAGGCGCGAGGCGCUCGAUCGUGCCAAACGGGAGGGAAGCAUCGUCAGCUUCCACCAUAUCAAUCUGCGCGACGCCUUCGCCAAGAGUAUGGACCUGAUAGACGUCAUUGUCGAUACCGGUGAUCAAAGCGACAUGGACUCCCCGCAGGAUUCGGUCCUUGCCACGCCCCUGGCCCCUCGCAGAAGACACGUUCACCCACCCCUGUCCACCAGACUGGCCGAGCUGAACGAAGAACAGCGAUCGGAAUCACCGAGGCACAACCUCUCAACUGCGGACGGAAACAGCACUGAGGAGGGCGACUCGGUGGGUGGCGGUCGGAAUCCUGCCAUGACCGGAACCGGAUGCUAUAAAAACUACAAACAUUCCGCCGGAUUGAGAAAAAGUGUCAAUUCACAGUCCGAAAACUAUCCUCAGAAUUCCACGGGGCCAAUGGAUGCAGACGCUGCUCCUCCCUACAGUCCGUCCAUGCAGCACAACAGCAUGAUGAUGGACAUGGACGCAAACGAGGAGCAACAGCUCAUCAUGCAGGAAACUCCUCUCCGGGAGCCAAAUGUCAUGAUGGCCACGAGGGCGUACUACAACAAUCAAUGGAGCAACGAGGAAGUAGAAGAACUACGACGACAGGUUGCUUUAGAAACUUCUUCCACCAGUAAACGGGACAAGUCCGAUACUGAACUGCCAUCCGAGUUUGAGUGUUGUUUUUGCACGUCAAAGGAGUACAAAGAGUUCAUCGAUGCUGAAGGAUUAAUGCCACUUCCUACUUCCGACUUCCACACGACGGUUUGUCUCGAGAUGCGUAUGCUAAAGAAUAGUAUGAACAACAACUGUAUAGCCCCACCAUCACAAUUUGGUCCAAGUACAAUAUCAUAUCCAUAUCCGUAUAUGGAUACACCAAUCAAACAUUCUAAUAACUGUAAUAAGAGUAAUGUUAAUAGUAACGUCAACGGUACCAGCAACAACAAUAACGCUAACGCUAGUUAUAAUAAUAGUAAUAGUAACAACGGUGAUUUGGCUAGUGUCGAUAGUUCCGAUACCUACGCUAGUUGUCAAACGCAUCCAUUCCUAUCACAAGGUGAUCUAACAUCCGAUAUUGUAGAUAUGUCAUUCGACUUAGAUACGCUAGAUACCAACAAUUUGUACAUAAACCCACUGGAGAAAGAUUCUCAACAGCAGCGUUCCACAGGUAUCAGGUCCCAGGUGAAGAAAAGUGCUUCCGGAGACACGGGUUUGAGGAGUUUGGGGGCCAGCCCGAUGGACGAGGAGUUCAAACAGUUCCAGACCUCGUUCGAUACCUCAGACCGGGGCAGCCGGGUCAGUCUGAACGAAACGCCGGUACCGAAACAUCGUAAGACCCGUUUCCAGCAAGGCGUAGCAUCGGCAGCGCUGGCCGCUGCAACCAGUAGACCGAAGACACGCUUCGAGAACCUCAAAUCGUCUAUCGAAAGUCUGGACGAAUCCGGAGGAGCCGGCGCCGGAAGUUCCGGAGCACCCGCCACUAGUAGCAGCAGCACUGCCACCAAAAAGACACGCAGGUCUUCCUUCAUGCCGUCAAAAAGCCUCGCGUCAGCCACCAAACUUAUCAACCAGCAUCUGUUCGGGAUUCAGAAUCCAUCGCCCAAAGGUAAAGAUGAUACUAAAAAGUUGUCGUUAUCCAUAGAUUCGAUAGAAACGUCACCUCAGUUAGAAACACAUCGACGAUCGAAAUCGAUCCUCAAAAAUAAAUCUGAAGCGUCGAGACUUUUGUCCGAUCCAGAAAGCGAAAGACUAUUGGCUGACAAUAUGUCUGGAUCCGGGGUCUCGGAUAACGGUGCCAAUAUGGGGAGCGACUCAAAUACUGACUACUCCGGAAGCACAAUGAUCGCCACCUCGAUCACCCCGAUAGCACAACGACAUCGUCUUGUACACCAGCGUUCGACACCGGCCUCAUUGGGCAGCAAGGCGCCAACGAAGUUCCAGCAGCCGAGAUACUCCCAGGAAGAGGUCGCCCGGCAGAACAAACCCCAGCUGAUCCGGGGCGUAGGAAUCGGGACGUACGUCGAUCAUCUUACCGGUGACCGGCGGCUCGAUACAGGGACUAGGGAAAGUAGCACAGAAUCAGAAACGGCAUUCUCAACAUAUCUUGCAGCAGCUAGCAGUAAUAGUACCAAUAACAACAAUAGCAAAGACAAAAACUCGUUCGCCGGAAGUAGCCUAACGUCGAGCGAUGAAAGCAAAACGACCACCAGUAGGGGCAACUCGGUAGAAAAUCACGGCGGAAGUAGUGGCUAUGGAGCAUCGUCAUCGUAGCAGGAAGUGUCGAAAGGCAGAAAUAACGAAAAAUACUGAACCUAGUUAAAACUAUCUGCGCCUAUAUGUAAAUACGUCACUCUAAUCAACAAAUUGCAACUAACGGAACACUCUAAACCAAAGAAAUGGCAACCCCACGACGAGAAAGGUUGCCCAAAUAUGUGCCGACAGAAACAGAAACCAACUACAAAAUAGCUCACUCGUAAGGAAACCAAACCAAAAACAAACAAACUAAAUUAAGCACAACUAAGAUAUAAAAAAAAACAAAAUUUGUGCAAAAAAGGAAGUGAAACAGUAGUUUUUAAAAGUAAACAUUCGCAGACGCUAAACCGAACUUUGAAAUGUAAUUUUUAACUCAACCGGAAGAGAAGGCAGAACUAAGAACAGCUAAAUUAAUGAACACAUAUUAAUUCAAAUUCAAACGAACAAAAGUACGGACAAGGAUGAUGGUGUAAUUCAAAUUGAUAUUAACCACAACACUCACACAAAUCGUCAAACGCAACGAUUAUAUCGUCAAUCGCACCCUACUAUUUAGGAUAGUUUUUUUUUGGGGAAAUAAACAUUAUAGGAAAAACGAAUUUGCAUAACUCUCCCCCUCUUGACAAAAACAAAAGGCCAGCGAAAAUCUUCACACUCGUCGAAUGAAUUAAAAAUACCAUAAGGCACAUACCAGAUAAUACGUGAAAGGAAAAUACUUAUAAAUCGAACCGCAACGUAAUCUAACAUCAGCAAUAACUUCGUCAAAAUCCACCGCCAACCAAAUCUGACGUUUCAUUCGAUCAACAACAAAUCCGAUCUGGAAAUGCAUUGAUAUUUUCCAUAAUAUAAUCAGCCGCUCGUGAUCCACCAAUCUGUAAAUAUCGACAAACGACUAUGAGAAGAGAAUUAAACAAAACAAAUCUACCGAAGCUCCGUUGACGGAACUGAAACGAUUGAAAAAAGACUCGAUUUUAUAGUGUUAAGUUUUAUCUAAGGACGGUGGAUGUUUCGUAUUCUCCUCUCCGGUUUUUUUUUAUUUCUAUAUAAAACCACAGAAGCUGGAGUAGGCAGUCUUGCUGCAAAUUUUUUGAUAACAUCAAUCUAACUUUGCGACAAAUUAGUGAAAUGUUACAUCAAUACAGCCAUUUAUCGUAAACGAGCGAGAGCAAAAACACAAAUCACGAAUCCUAUCGCUUUUUGAGCAUUUUUCCUUUCGUUAUAAGAAAAGUAAAUCUGGCCACGAGGCGUGUAAAUCAUUUCUCGUAUUGAGCAAGAAACUUAAACUUGGGAAGGGGUACCCAAAACUCAAGAGUUUAUUUUCAAAACCUGAAUUCUGAUUUCAAUGUUUGGAGACUAGAAUCUUUAAUCCUAAAUCAUUUGUUCUUCUUUAUUUUAAACUCCAAUAAACUCAAUUCAAACAUUAUGUACCUAAAACAAAUUCGUUUUUUUUUUAUUUAAAAUUUUCAAAUGCUUAUUUAAAAAUAUGGGUAGAUUUCGGCCCAGUAUUUCUUUAAAUUUCAGUUUGCUGUUCAGUUCAAUUAUUUUUGGACUUUGAAAUAUUCUAUGUAGGUAUUUUUUUUAAAAGUAUCUGCAUCCGUCCGUGGUCAAAUGCCCAUUUUCAAUAGUCAACCAUUUGGAAAACUUCUUAUCACUAAAAUAUUCCAAUCUCCGAUACUUUCAUAGACAAUCAGAUGAUUUACAGCACUGCAAGGAACUAUCACGUCAUUUUCAAAAUAGCGAUUUCUAUGCGGUUUAUAUAAAAGUAACAAAACAGAGGCUAAGUGAAGUCAAAUUCGAGCAUCGGGCGAAUCUAUGAAACAAUCAAUAUUAUUUCCCUAAUCUAUACAGAAAAUUGAACAUAAAAAAUCACAACAGACUGUAAAAUCCUUUUGUAUCACAAACAAAAAGUGGGAAAAUACCAACCGUAAAUGCAAUUCUGGUAGGCGUAUCAAGAAAUCAUUGAACGAAAGCAAUACAAUCUUUAAUGUAAUUAAAGUUUGAUUUUCGCAAGUUACUGAAAACCAACUUAACAAGAACAAGAAAAAUACAAUAUUUGCAAAAUCCUUACAAAACAAGAAAAACACAAACUAGUUACUAAAUUUCUCAAUCAAAAUGCCGAAUUCUUAUCAAUUCUCAACCAAAUCGCUUCAAUGUCUCUUAGGCAGAAAUGCAGCUUUCGUAAAGACAACUUUUCUAGUCUCUAGUGGCAAAAGGUUAAGAAAAAAAACUGAAACACUCCGUAAAGCAGCUGAGCGCAGCUAUCACUUUCUAAUCAAACGCUAGUCAAUCAAACAUAAUCUAUUAACAAAAAAAUAAACUUACACCAACACACACUCAGACACGCUGACAAAAGUAUAAACAAAAAUAUACGCAAACAGUAACAAGACAACAAACACAAACAAACAAACAAAACAAAACUAAAACAACCGACUAUGUAGUUUUAAUGUUCAGAGCACUUAAAAAAGUAAGGCAAACGAAAAAAGGAGAUAAGGAGUUCACUAAAAGGGGUUGUUUAACGUUUAAGUCGAAGCUAGUCCGGUUUUCGAAUAUUCUCAAAAGUCACAUACACAAACACACACACGUCUAGAAACGAUCACUCACGUACUUACUCUACACGAAUGCGGAACAACAACAAAAAAACGCGAGUUCAGAGAAAAAAAAUCAUUUAUAAGAAAAACAGUAACUUUUUUCUCAGAGUAUGGAACAAAACGAUAUAAAGUAAAUUAAAAGGAAAACUAGUAUAAAUGAUGGCUUAUAUCUGUGAUUUAAUUAAAACAAAGAAAUAAAAGUUAAAGAAAUGUUAGUAAAACAUUGUAUAAUAAAAGAAAUAAAUUUAAAACUACGUUAACAUUAAGAUAAACAAAAAUGAAAUGUGCUUUUUAAAUAUUUUCGAUUUGAAGACAUUAUAUAUACAAAGUAAUGUGAAAAUAGCUACAAAGACGAAAAACCAAAAAGAACAUCUAGAUUAUAACAAAAGAGAGGAAAAUCAGAAAAAACAAAACCAUAUUAUAAUGAAGUUAUAUAUAAAUGUGUAAAAAAGUAAGCAAAUCUAUACAUACAGAAGCAAACAAAGAAGAACAAUGCUAGCCAAUAAGAAUUUUUAGAUAAGCCAUAACAAAAAAUCAACACAAACACACACACAGUCAGUAACCCCUACAUAGAUCCAGCAAGCACCGGAAAACAUCUCGUUCUAUAUGUGGUGACAAUUUUGUGAAUAGCGAAAAAAAAUCCAAAAUAAAGCUGUCCAAUCGUUUAACAAGUUCGUUUUGUUGUUCUGUUGACACAAUCAAGAGUAUAGGUAAAAAAAAAAACAAAAGAAACAAAAAAACUCACUACAUUUAGUGAAGCUUAACCGAUGCUAGUCUGCAAGUUAUUUAGGUAAUAAUUGAAAAGUCUAACGAAUUAUCGCUGUAAUAGAUUUACGGUUCUAAGCUAUGUUAGAAUGGAUACUAUUAUUUUUUCGUUCGGAUAAAGUUUAGCGUGUUGCACUGUUUUCAUACUCUAUUUAGUUUACCGUUUUGUUGGGUUUAGAAGUUACGGCAAACGUUCUAGUCAUUUAUGUUCUUCAUUUAGACGUCCUAAGUUACACACAGCAUUGUAUUGGUAUACUGUUGUUGAUACGUGAGAGAAUUACAAGUACACUCAAUAAAUCUUUGAUUCGAGAUUCAAA